GCUGUUGUAUUAAUCUGCAAAUUUUCUCAGAUGACGCAAAGACUGUGACUUUGCCUCCUGUCCCCUCGCCCUCUUCAUCUCCACAUCCCUCCUCUCUUCCGUGUCUUUCCCGAUGCCUCGCUCUUGUCGGAUGGGAGAUAACGACACACAGCAGGCAGGAUGACAAACAAGUCGACAGCCAACCAGUCCAACACAAAAAAGGAGACAGAGGAAAACCAGCGAGAUGACAACACAGACGUUGCGUAUAAAGAUGCAGGUCACUGCAGCCGCAACACGCACAACCUACUGCUCGGACUCACUGUUUUGGGUGUUGUCAUGGGAGUUGGCUUUGGGAUGCUGCUGCGGUACUUGAAGGUGACGGACAGUUCUGCCCUCACUAUGGUUUCUUUCCCUGGAGAAAUCCUCAUGAGGAUGCUGAAGAUGCUCAUCCUGCCUCUAAUCAUCUCCAGCCUCAUCACAGGGCUGGCUGGUCUAGACGCCCGCUCCAGUGGCAGGAUGGGUAGUAGAGCCAUGGUGUAUUACAUGUCCACCACUGUAAUCGCUGCCAUCCUCGGGGUCAUCCUGGUGUUGGGGAUCCACCCGGGGAACCCCAAACUAAGGGGAGGCUCGUCAAGCUCAGUCCCGAAGAACCAGGAGGUCAGCAGUCUGGACGCUUUCCUCGACCUGCUCAGAAACCUUUUUCCUGAGAACCUGGUGCAGGCCUGCAUCCAACAGGUUCAGACGGUGCUGAAAAAGGAUCUGGUUGCACCACCAAACCAAACCGAACCUGUCUUGGUGAGCAGGAAGAAACUGGAGUACAAAUGGGGCAUGAAUGUCCUCGGCUUGAUUGGCUUCUUCAUCACCUUUGGGAUCUGCAUGAGCAGGAUGGGCGAGCGAGGGAAGAUCAUGUGCGACUUCUUCAACAUCCUCAACGAGAUCAUCAUGACGAUGGUUUCCAUGAUCAUGUGGUACUCUCCUAUCGGCAUCGCCUCACUGAUCGCAGGAAAGAUUGCGGCCAUCGGGGACCUUGAGAUGGUUGCCAGGCAGCUGGGCAUGUACAUGGUGACCGUGAUUGUGGGCCUGGUGAUCCACGGGGGCUUGAUCCUUCCUGCUAUAUUCUUUGCAAUCACCAGAAAAAGCCCCUUUACUUUCUACUCUGGAAUCUUCCAGGCUUGGAUCACAGCUCUGGGCACUGCUAGCAGCGCAGGAACGUUACCCGUCACCUUCCGCUGCCUGGAGGAAAAUCUGAAGAUUGAUAAGCGAGUGACUCGCUUCGUGCUGCCCAUAGGUGCCACCAUUAACAUGGACGGCACUGCGCUGUAUGAGGCCGUGGCAGCCAUCUUUAUUGCCCAGAUGAAUGACAUCACCCUGGACAGCGGACAGAUCAUCACUGUCAGUAUGACUGCUACCCUGGCCAGUGUUGGAGCUGCCAGUAUUCCCAGUGCCGGACUGGUUACCAUGCUACUGAUCCUGACGGCUGUGGGGCUGCCUACUCAGGACAUCAGUCUGCUCAUCGCUGUCGACUGGCUGCUUGACAGAAUGCGUACCUCCAUCAAUGUGGUGGGCGACUCGUUCGGCGCCGGGAUCGUGGACCACUUGUCGAAGGCGGAGCUUGCCGAACUUGACGCAGCAGAAAUGCAAAUGCUCCAGCCAGAGGAGGAGCUCGAUUUCAUCCCUCCGCCCCCGAUCCUCACCGAGAUGGACCUGAUUGACCCCAUCAAACCGCCCGCGCUGCCACCCCGCUCCCCUCGCCCACCCAAACAAAACCACCACAGUCUCUCCCAGUCUCAAUCCAUCACUUACUCACCGUCCCGUUCUAUCCGAUCUCCAUCCCCACGCUCCAUCCGCUCUCCCUCUCCGCGCUCCGUCUGCUCCCACUCCCCCCGGCCUUUCCGUACCCAUUCACCAUGCCUCCUCCGCAGGACGGAGGCGGGCUACUGCGCCCUGCCCAGCUACGACAACCAGAUUCCCACAAUGCCACGCUCCUACAGAGAGAGAGACAGGGAGCGGGAGCGUCUGAGGCGAGAGAGUGAAACCGAAGAGGAGGAGAGAGAGAGGGUUUUGGGUGAAGUAAGCGACGGCGAGGAGAGUGACGACACUGCUUAUGAUCGGAGGCACCCCAUGCUGCCGAGCGACCUGCCAUGAUUGGAGUUUUACCACCAAAAAGCUUCCAAAUCGACAGCUUUUGGAGGUCCACAGUGGAUUUCUGGCUGGUUACAUUGCUACCCUUCAGAUGUAUUUUCAGUUUACUGCUCUUAAGAAAGAACUUUUGUAUAAGUGAUCAAUGAGCUCACUUUGAGCUUGAUAUGCAUAUAUAUUAAAAUGUUGAGAUGGCCCUUAAAACCAGGCCUGUCGGCCUUUGGUUUCCUGCAAAAGAGCUUAAAUGGAGAGUUGUUUCCCCAGUUAAAUCAUGUCUCCAUCACUGUCUUGAUUUCCUAACCAAAUUUAAAAUGUUCCUGUAUGUCUGAACUUCCUUAAAUUUGCCUGAUAGGAGAGAAAUUGUGAGUCUGCUCCCAAUGAUAAAAGUAUUUUGGUGUUACCAGCAUUUAAAAGCGCAAGCAUGAGUUAUUAGUUGAUCCUUUACCUUUGCUCAACUCCUUCUCCUGUACUUCUACUAAUUUUCCUGGGAGGAAUUCAAUUCACUAUUUUAUAGGCUGUUAUGUGCCGGAAUAUUUCAGGUCUGGAAGCUGAACAUUUCUGUAGUGUCCACUGCUUUCCUGCCAGUUGAGAAAUAGUCCAGCACAUAAAGUAAGUGUCCAAAAAGCCACAACUUGGUUUUACACUUUUGUUUUUGUGUGGAUUAAACAAACAAAAUACAACAUGUUAAAGGGAUAGUUCAGAUAAUUUGAAGCGGGGUUGUAUGUGGUACUUUUCCAUAUUCAGUGUAUUACCUACAGUAGAUGGCGGUGGACAGGCACAGAAGCUAAGCAAUGUACUGCUGUGGAUAGGGGCAGCAAAUAAACGUAUUUUAGCCACCUAAAAAAAGGCCAACCUAAAAAAAGAAAAAACGAGUGUGAGUUUUAGUGUACACUAUAUUUAGAAUAUUUUCACUGUAGAAAACAGUUGCUGGUCUAGCGCUGCUCCCAUCGGUUAGUUUGUGUUAUUGUGUGAUUUUCGUGAAUCUGAACUAUGCCUUUAAAACACCGAAGUCAUACAAUAACAGAAACUAACUGGUUGAGGUUGAGGCAGCGGUAGACCAGCAACUCUGUGUUUUGGGAGGUAAAACGUUUUUGUGAAAGGAGUCUGGUGGCUUUGAAGAGAGCAUAGAGAACAGCUCAGUUUCGCCGUGUAAAGGGCUGUAAAAGUAAAGGUAAAGCAGUGAAAAUAUUCUAAAUAUAGUGUACACUUAAACAGAUGUUUAUUUUUUUAGGUGGCUACAAUACGUUUAGCUGCUGACCCCAGUCCACAGCAGUACAUUGCUUAGCCUCCAUGUCUGCAUGGCUGCUUCUCCAAAGUGAGGGCGUGCUGAUCGCCUAGAAAGCAUUUUUCCCAAAUGUCAAACUAUUCCUUUAAAUAACCUUGAGAAUAGCAACAGGUUCAUGUAAAUGAAAGAAUAUACAACCAGCAGACAUUAUUUUUAUAAUUCCCUACCUUCUUGCAUCUCUUUACAUUUUCGUCCUCGGUGCUGUUCUUGCACAUCACCUCUCAUCUUGAUGUUAAUAUUGUGUAUAUCAUCUAUGGUUUGUAUCUUCUUGUUGUGGUCUGGUGUCUGAAAUGAUGAGUAAUAGGCAAGAUUCCGCUUUUAUUUUGUUGUAUGUUUAAAUUUACUAGUUCUACUCUCACUUAUCAUUUUUAAAAUUGCUGUAAAAUAGCGUCAUCAGUCUCUCCCUCCCAACUGGAUUGCCUCUCAUUUUAAAUUUAAGUUCAUCAACUGCCUCCCCACGUCCUUAAAUCUUAACUCAGAUUCACAGGUCCAGCUCGUGUGUAUAGUGUAUGUAAUAAAAUCGUAGAGAUUUAUUUAAAAUAA